AGUUUGAAAACAUUGAGAAAUCUGUGAAUCACUCGGACUUUGAGUUAAUUGUGAGUGAAUUGAAACACAAAUGUAUUCACUAUUAAGACACCAAUCAAUAGUCAAUAAAUUGUGUCAAAUGUCCGCAAAGUGUGUCAAACAACACACCAAUGGUUUGAGUCAUUAUUCACGUGUUUUGUGCCCACAUUUGCCACCAAAUGACAGGAGACACGGAUUGUUGCCAUCGGACCAUCACUUCCUACCACACGUGAGACACUUGAAGACUAGUGGGAAGUGUCGGUCCAAUCUGGAGAACUACACCCCAUUUGACACAAUGGAUGGCUUGAUGUACAAAAUUCGCCGAUACUUCGGCUACUCAUCGGUUCCCAAGUAUCGUCUCCGCCACACAUCUGUCUAUCUGUACGAGUCGGCCACCGAUGCCAUCGACAUCGAGAAGUUUUUCACGCAUCUGAAACUGUCGGACACUUACCUCUCGUGGUUUCUGGUGACACAACUGCACGUCUGGAUGAUUAUGGUUAGGGCUAUGGCUGAGGGCAAAGAGGGCCGCAUUCUUCGCAACGAAGUGGUGGCGCGGAUGUGGGAGGACUGCGAGACACGGCUUAAGCUACUCACUGUACGCGCACAUAUGUCUCAAUCCAAUCGCCGCAAAGGUCUCGAAGACUUAUUACAACAAUUUCAGGCGUCAAUCGUCGCCUACGACGAGGGCCAUUUAAUGGAUGAUAAGACUCUGGCUGCAGCUCUCUGGAGGACACUCUUCACGUACGAAUCGGUAGAUCCCAAGUAUAUGGAGAUUAUGGUUGAGUACAUAAGAACUCAGCUGGAUCACUUGCAUACCAUCGAAACGGAAAAGUUUUUCUUAGACGGAAGGAUCGCAUGGAAGCCAUUCCCGCCACUCUAUCCUUAACUAUCCCUUAAUUUAUUGAAUAUUUAGUGUUUAUUAAAUUAAUUAAAAAAUUGUUGUUUUGAUAACAUUUAGUUAGAAUCAAAUGAUUGCAAAAUAUAUGUCGAAUAAAAUAUUUGAAAAAUAACUCAUAAACACA